UGUUGCCAAGUAUAUUUAAAGUUUGAGUGCCGUUGUCAACGAAGAACACGCUUUGGCUGGCCUGGCUUUUUAGAACAACAGCGGUCUAAGCUACCAUCUAGAAAUCUUUUAUCUGCUGAGAUAGCUCUCGACUUUGGUGUGCCAGUGCCAGAUCCUUGGAAGCCAAGUCAAAUUGCUGGUUGGAUGCGAUUAUGUAGUGGUAUGUCUGGUGCUUGAUUCGGGUGUAAGUUUGGUGCUGCCAGUUUCCUGGAUGAUCUUCGUGGAGUUUUCUUGAUCUCCAAGCGAUUAAGUCGAUCCAGCAAGCGAGAAGUCCGUAGAACAGAUUUUGUUUUGGAUCUUUUCUUUUGGAUACGAUCGAAGCUAUGAGCGCAGCAUCCAAGAGUGUGAGGAGGCGAGGCUUGAACCUGGGGAAAACCAACAGCCUCAAGCUCGCUAAAUCGUCGCAAGCGGUGAUUUUUUUCCAGAGGCCCCAGAGCGAGGAUGCGAAGAUAUCGGACAAAAGCUAUGGUGUGGAGCUCGUCUUGAGCCACCAAGCACUGGCCGACGCUCAUUGCAAGCCGGGGGAGUUCGCGGAGGCCAUCAAAGCUCUCAAUCGUUGCCUGGCACUGGAUGUGGGCGAUUGCCAAGAUCAAGUAGCUCCUGGAUCCUCGAUCUUGGGCGAUGGUUUCUCGCUCAUGGGCAGCGAGCAAGGGUCAAUCACAGGCUACCACUUUGCUAAGCAGGCCCAUCUCGAUCGGGUCGUCGCCGAAACUUGCCGGUUCUUGGCGAGAUCACACCUCCAGGCAAUGGAGCUUGAGAGAGCCGAGGAGGUGUCCAAGGAGCUCCUCAAAAUCCACGAGAGGAGCAGCGAUUUGUUCCUCAGAGAAGAGGAAUUUAGCGAUAGGAAUCUCAUGGCGCUCAUCGCUAGCGCAAGGGGCGACCACAAAUCCGCGCUAAGGGAUCUCCAAAGGGCAGCGUCGAUCAUUGACCCUUCCCAGUCGCGCCUGGACUGGGCAUCAAUCCAGGCCUGCAUUGGCGACACACUCGCGUCGCUGGGCCGGUUCAAGGACGCGGACAUCGCUUACCACACGGCGCUGGAAAUCUUCACGAGGAUCGAGGGCGAGGGCCACGCUGCGGUGGGAUCCGUCUACCUCAGUCUCGCGGAUCUCCGCUUGAAGCUAGGGAAUGUGGGCGCCGCGCGGAUCUUCUGCGAGAGAGCGUCGCGAAUUUACGACAGGACGAGCGAGCCGGCAGACGCGCUUGUUAGCGGCCUCGUCGAGGCUGCUGGCAUCUACGAAUCGUUAGGGGAGAUCGAUCACGCCGUGGCCCUGCUCCAGCGAGCUCUCCGGGCCGUGGAGGAGGAAGAGCAUAACCUAACCCUAGAUCCCACCGGUAUGGAGGGGAAUUGCUAGAAUAGUUUAAUAAGGUUUUGUCUUGCACAACUUGGAUGUCCAUUGGCUGGUUGUUAGUCGAAACUUAUGUAGCAAAGGAGAUAAGAAAAAGUGGCAGGUCGGGGCACGACAGUAUGGUUGGGGGCCAACCUUAUAUGUGAGAGCUCACACAUACUGGCCAAAAGUGUAAAGAAUUUCAUUUUGCAUGACCCAAGUGAACAUGAAUUUCAUUUAAACAUGUU